CUGGGCCUCCAGCCCCCAGAGACGGAUCUGUCGGUCGUACUGUGCCGCCUCCUCCUCGCUGAUGCCGCCGGGCCCCCCCUCCCCCUCCUCUUUUUCCACCAUUUCCCUCUCUGCCGCCGCUGCCGUUCUCCUCAGAACGCUCGGGACUCUCCGCCACCUCUCGGUAUGUUCCGGUACCCUUCGGUUACCUCCGCUAACCCCUCGGAACUUUCCGCUACCCCUCGGAACUUUCCGCUACUCCCCCCGCGCGCGCGCUUCGGAAUUUUCCGUCAUCUCCUUGGUACCUUCCGGUACCAUUCGGCUUUCUUCGCUACCUCUCGGUACUUUUCGUCAACCAUCGCUAUGCCUCGGGACUUUCCGCUAUUCCUCGGCUCCUCCCGCCCCGCCCUUUGGUUUUCUCCGCCCCUAUUUCAGUUCCGUUCGGCUCUCUCCGCCCUUCCUUCGGUUUUCUCCGCCCCUAUUUCAGUUCCGUUCCUCUCUCCACCCUAACUUCGGUUUUCUCCGCCCCCACUUCGGCUUUCUCCGCCCUUCCCCCGUACCUUUCCUCCCGCAUUUCGGCAUUCUCCGCCCUCCCUUCGUCUCUCUCCGCCCCGACUUCGUCAAUCCCCGCCCUCCUUUCGUGCUUUUCCGCCUCCGCUCGGCCCUUCCCGCCCCCCCUCAGGGCGCCGCCGGCCGCCAUUUUGUGCGCGCGUCCCGCGGGGGGGGGGGGCAACCACAGCGCCGUACAGUGACUGUUGCACCCCCCACACGACCCCCCUCCCCUUCCCCCUUUUCUUCCCCCCCUUCCAUAUCCGUGAAUUCACCCCCUCCAAUGGCCGUGGAGAACCCGAGUGUCCCCCCCGCCGCCGCCGCGUCCCCCCCCAGCCCGCACGCCGCCCCCCCACCUCCCGAGGGCGGGGGCUGCAGCCUCCCCCGGGCACCGCCGCUCCACGUUCAGCACGGCCCGGACGAAAGGGAAGAUGGGGAGCUGGAGGAGGGCGAGCUGGAGGACGACGGUGCCGAGGAAACCCCGGAGCCACGGCCCACGCGGAGCCGCAGGGAGAAGGGAGAGCGGCACGGCAGCGACUCGGAUGGGGAGCGGUCGCACCGACGCGGCAAGCGGAAACGGCGUAAGGAGCGCGAGAAGGAGAAGAGGAGAGCCAAGAAGAAGAGAAAAUCCAAGCACAAGCGACACGCCUCGUCCAGUGAUGAUUUCUCCGAUGACAGCGAUGACUCUGACUUCAGCCCUGGAGAGAAGGGGGGGCACCGCCGGUACCGGGACUACAGCCCCCCCUACAUCCCUCCCCACCAACCCUACUCCUCUCACAACGCCCCGAUGCAAAAGAAGCCAUACUCCAAGAUGGAACCCAAAGGCUAUGGCUCCUAUGAGGACUAUGAGGCCGAAGAAUAUGGCCGCUAUGAAGGGGAGGAGGAUGAGGAUGGGCCGAAGGACGACUACGACGACUUCGCCAAGGAGCUGAACCAGUACCGACGGGCAAAGGAGGGAUCGCACCGGGGCCGAGGUGGCCGUGGCCGUGGCCGUGGGUUCCGGGGCCGAGGUCGGGGCUGCAUGAGGGGCGGCCGAGGAAUGGGACGGGGCAACCGUGGUCGGGGCCGAGGGGAUCACAUGGAGGAUGAGGAGGAGAUGUACGAGGAGGAGAUGGAGUACGGUGACCCCGAGGAUCCCGGUGGCCCCGAUGAUGACUACGAGGACUACAGCAGCAAGGAGCCGGGCCAGUACCGCCGCAACAAGGACGGGCGCGGGCGCGGUGAGCCCCGGGGUCGCGGCCGCGGUCCCAGGGGCAGAGGGAACAAAGGGAUGGGCCGAGGCCGCGGCCGCGGCAGGAUGGCCAAGGGCAACGCCAUGAACGACGACGACGAUUACUACGACGAGGACAUGGAUGGUGGAGGUGGCAAUUACCGCCGCGGGGACCACGACAAAACCCACCCUCCUGCAGACAAGAAGGGCAAAGUCAUCUGCAAAUACUUCGUGGAGGGCCGCUGCACCUGGGGUGAGCACUGCAACUUCAGCCACGACAUUGAGCUGCCCAAAAAGAGAGAACUCUGCAAGUUCUACAUCACUGGGUACUGUGCAAGGGCAGAGAACUGCCCCUACAUGCAUGGUGACUUCCCCUGCAAGCUCUUCCACACCACGGGCAACUGCAUCAACGGCGAUGACUGCAUGUUCUCCCACGCGCCGCUGACCGAGGAGACACGAGAGCUGCUGGACAAGAUGCUCCAAGACGAUGCGGAAGCGGGCGCCGAGGAUGAGAAAGAAGUGGAGGAGCUGAAGAAACAAGGCAUCAACCCGCUGCCCAAACCUCCCCCCGGCGUGGGGCUGCUCCCCACACCCCCCAGACCCCCCGCUCCCCCUUCCCCCAAUGGAAGAGCCAUGCCUGGAGGUCCCCCCGUGCCCCCCAUGCCCCCUCCGGGGCCGCAGAUGCCCCCCCCGAUGCACGAGCCUCUGUCCCCCCAGCAGCAGGAGAUGUACAAAAAGAUCCCGUCUCUCUUUGAGAUCGUGGUGCGGCCCACGGGGCAGCUGGCUGAGAAACUGGGGGUCAGGCACCCAGGGCCCCCCCCACCCCGCUUCCCUGGUCCUGGAGGACCCCCAGGCCCCAUGGGCGGCCCCAUGCACCCCGAUAUGCACCCUGACAUGCACCCCGACAUGCAUCCCGACAUGCAUCCUGACAUGCACCCCGAUAUGCAUCCUGACAUGCAUCCUGACAUGCAUCCUGACAUGCAUCCCGACAUGCACCCCGACAUGCAUCCUGAUAUGCAUCCUGAUAUGCACCCCGACAUGCACCCCGACAUGCCUAUGGGGCCGGGCCCCCCCAUGAUGCCCUACAGCCCUGAGGGGUCCCCUCACGGUGCCCUCCUGCCCCCCGGCGCCGGCCCCCCCCAGGGAUACUAUGAUGGAUUCUAUGACCCCCCCCCGGAGGGGAUGGAGAUGGAGCACGGAGCCAUGGGCCCCGCAGACCCCUACGCUCCCUAUGAGGACAUGGAAGGACCCCCCCCCGGCAGCCACCUGUACCCAGACCCCCCCCCCAGAGCACGACCCCGAGGAUCCCCCCCCGUCCCCGAUUUCCUCCCCUCGGCGCAGCGCGCGCUGUUCCUCCGCAUCCGCCACAAACAGCGCGAGGAAGAGGAGCGGGCACGAAGGCUGGCGGAGGGGGGGCGGCCCGAGAGGGACCCCAAGGAGGGUGACGCUGCCCUGUGGUACUCCAGCGAUGAGGACGAGGGUGGCAGCGUCUCGUCCAUCCUGCGCACCCUCAGGCAGCAGAGCGGCGCUUUGGGGCCCCCCCACCCCUCUAUGGGGCCGCCCCCCGGUUCCAUGGGGCCGCCCCACACCGCGGACCCCCGAUUGCAGAAAGCAGCGGCGUCGGGGGGUGGGGGGCGGCCGGCAGACCCCCGGCUGCGGGACCCCCGCUUGGCACGGCACAACAAAACAGAGCCGCCUCACCCCAAAACGGAGGAUUAUCCCAAAACGGACCCUAAUUAUCCCAAAACGGAGACGGAUUAUCCCAAAAUGGAGGCGGAUUAUCCCAAAAUGGAUCCCCACAACCCCAAAACGGACCCUUCCCACCCCAAAACGGACUCCCUCCCCAAAUCCCGCCUCCCCGACGAGGAGGACGACGCCGAUCCCGAACGUUCCCUACGGGACCGCCCCGUUGUCAUCCCCCUGGAGCCGCCGCCGGGGCAGCCGCCUCGGGACCCCCGCUGUCACCGGCACCGUUUUGUCCCCGCGCCGCGGGACGUCGCCCUCACCAAGCCCGCCUUCGCCCGCAUGGUGCUGUGGAGCCCCGAGGAUCUCCUCCCUCUGCCCAUCCCCGUGCAGGACGUCACCGUAACGCCCGGCGGGGACCCCAGGCUGCACCGCGCCGACCCCCGGCACCGCGCGCUCCCGACGGAUCCCGGCGUCACCACAGAACCUUCCUCCAAGCUGCCGGAUUUCGAGCUGUUAUCCCGCAUCCUACAGACGGUGAGCGCGGGCGGCGGUGACAGAACAGGCGACGCCACAGGUGACAAACAACCCGGUGACAAAACCACCGGGCCGGGCGACGCGUUCCCCGCUCCCGCUGACAAACCCGCGGGCGCUGGCGACAAACCUGCCGAUAAACCGGGUGGCACCGAGCGUCCCAGCGACCCCCGUGUGCGCAAACCCCUGUCGGACCCCCGGCUGCAGAAAGCUGCAGCCAAAGCCCCGGAGCUCGGUGAGUCGGGUGACGAUGCGGGCGAUGCUGCGGGUGACGCUGGGACCCCCUUGGCACCCUACGACCCGCGGCUGAGCCGUGGCGCGGCGCAGAGCCGUGUGCUGAGCGCCAUCAGUCUGUACGACCCGCGGGCGCCACCGGCUGGGGACGGUGUGGGGGGACGUGGGAAGGAUCAGCCCUACAGCCGCCGAUCGCCGCUGGCGGAACCGGCGCAGGAUCGCUACAACAGCUACAACAGACCACGGCCAAGGGGCACGGCUGGGAACAGUGGGAACAGCGCGGCCCCGGAGGGCACAGAGCAGGAUGAGACGGACAGCACUGCGUCACUCAAAGAUGUCUUCAAGGGCUUCGACCCCACGGCGUCACCCUUCGGGCAGUAGCGGUGGUUGUUGGGCUGCCAUGGGGGCUGUUGGGCUGUGAUGGAGGUCGUUAGGCUGGAGCGGCAGUUGUUGGGCCCUAAUGGGGGUUUGCUGGGCUGUGAUGGAGUGUUGCUGGGCUGUGAUGGUGGCUGCUGGGUUGUGAUGGGGGCUUUUGGGUUGUCAUGGGGGCUGCUGGGCUCUAAUGGGGAUUGGUUGGGAUGUAAUGGAGGUUGUUGGGCUGGAGCGCUGGCUGUUGGGCUGCAGUGGCAGUUGUUGGGCUGCGAUGGGGGUCAUUGGGCCAUGAUGGGGGUUGUUGGGCUGUGAUGGGGGUCAUUGGGUCCUGAUAGGGGUUGUUGGGCUGUGAUGGGAGUCAUUGGGCUCUGAUGGGGCUUGUUGGGCUGUGAUGGUGGCUGUUGGACUGUAAUGAGGAUCGUUGGGCCCUAAUGGGGGUUGUUGGGCUGUAGUGGGGGUCGUUGGGCCCUAAUGGGGGUUGUUG